CUUCGACCAAAACCCCAAAACCUGUGUCACAACUCACAAGGGUGAUCCAUCACUGCUUCAUCACCCCAGCCACUGUCCCGCGGCCGCCCACACCCUCCUUCUGCAACUGCGUCCCUUUCCACUCCGUUCAGUGCGCGGUGCGUCGUAUCUCUGUUCUGUCUCUGCGUGCGUCUGUUACUGCCUUCCCAUUCGUCCCUCAAGGAACAAUUGGAUUUAGUUUAUUGUUAGAUCAUUGUUGCACUUCUGGAAUUUAACAAGGUCGUUGAUUUUACAGGCUUAUUUUUUUUGUUAAGCAGAGAGGAAUGGAGCAGAGAUUAGCUAAUUGUUGGCGGUUGACAGUUAACGAAAAGAAAUUCAUUGAAAGCGCUCUGCUAUCAGACCUUCGAGUGGAUGGUCGUGGCCCCUUGGACUAUCGCAAGUUGAACAUUAAAUUUGGGAAGGAUGAUGGGUCUGCCGAGGUCCAAUUGGGUGAGACACGUGUGAUGAGUUUUGUGAGUGCUCAACUUGUGCAGCCUUACAGGGAUAGGCCCAAUGAAGGCUCACUUUCCAUCUUCACUGAGUUCUCUCCCAUGGCUGAUCCUUCCUUUGAGCCUGGCCGUCCUGGAGAAUCUGCCGUUGAGUUAGGACGCAUUAUAGACCGCGGUUUUCGGGAAAGCAGAGCCAUUGACACUGAAUCGCUCUGCAUUCUUUCUGCCAAGCUUGUAUGGGCCAUUCGCAUUGAUAUCCAUAUACUGGACAAUGCAGGGAAUCUUGUUGAUGCUGCAAAUAUUGCUGCAUUGGCUUCUCUCUUGACAUUCAGAAGGCCUGAAUGCUCGUUGGGGGGAGAGGAUGGUCAGCAAGUUAUAGUACAUCCUCCUGAGGUGCGUGAGCCACUCCCUUUGAUUAUACAUCAUCUUCCUGUUGCUGUCACAUUUGGAUUUUUCAGUAAUGAAAAUCUUGUGGUCUUGGAUCCUACAUACCAUGAAGAGGCUGUAAUGACUGGACGUAUGACUGCAACACUUAAUGCUAAUGGUGAGGUUUGUGCCAUUCAAAAGCCUGGGGGGCAGGGAGUCAGUCAGCGGGUUAUCAUGCAUUGCUUGAAACUUGCUCAUGUUAAAGCUGGUGAUACCACAACCAAGAUAAAGGAUGCAGUUGAGAAGCACAACACUGAAAGGGCACUAAAGAAGAUUAAACGCCAUUCCUCCUCUAUUGCAAUGGAUGUAUGUGGAACCACUGUCAAAUUAGAGGGAAAACAAAAUCAAUCAGAUGGUGGUAAAGAGGGUAGUCAUCUAGACCAAUUGAAGCUGAAAGAUGAGGCAAAUUUUAUGGAAUGUGAUGCCACAUCAUCGGGACAAGUACAGAGUAAGAAGAAGGAAGGAGGCUCAAAGAAUUUCAUUGGUGGUCCCUCAAGUUGGGAUCCCUACUCAGAGUGUGUCGAUUCAGAUCUUCUAAAAGCUUCUCUAGCUUCUCGUGCUGGACAAUCAACUCCUAGUAAACAAAAGGAUUCGAGACAGGAAACUGAGCCAGAAGAACCCCCACAGGAAAUCAAGACAGACUCUACACCAAUUGACACAGCUCCAACUGCUGGGCAGAGUAAUGAAGGUAAGACUCUGAAGGAUGCUGUAAAGCCCAAGAAUAGGAGGAAGAAAAAAGCAUCUUCCAAUAAUGGAAAUUAAGUGAUGAAAUGUGCAGUCAGUUGAUGCAUUGCUACUGACCAUGUAUGUUAUUUUAAAGAAUGUGAUCGAUAGGGCUGAAUGCUGUAAAAAUUCAAUGGAUAAUGAAAGAUAGUCUGUUAGUUUGUCCAUUUAGUGGUGCCAAAAUCGAUUUUGACUGAAGGAAGGGAAGCUUUCAUCAAAAGUGUCCCAAAAGCGCAGAAUGUCACUCUUGUGGUGAAGAUAAUUAUAACCAAACAUGCUUUGUGUAAUUUUUGUUUUUGUGACAAAAAGUAAUGACCAUACCAGAAAUUGUUAUUGCAUUGUUUCUCUGAGA